AUGGAUCCGCAGGAAGCAGCAGCAGCAGCAACAGCAGCAGAGCCCAAAGGCGCUGUUUCAAUCUGCCUCCCCCCAGAGGCGCAGCAGGCGCUGCCGCUGACCAUCAAAUGGAGAGUUCCAGCCGGCAGCCACGUGGUCGAGGGCCAGGUGCUCGCGCACCUCUUUCCGCCCCCUGCUGCUGCUGCUGCUGCUGCUGAGAAUGGCGGCGAAGGUGCAGCAGCAGCAGCAGCAGCAGCAGCAGACGCAGCAGAUGCACAAGGGCAAGAAACGGCAACGGCCGCGGACACACCGGCAGCGCCGGCAGCAGGAGCAGCAGCUGUAAGCCCAGCAGCACGUCCCGGAGCAGCAGAAGCGGCAGAAGCAGCAGAAGCAGCAGAAGCAGCAGAAGCAGCAAAGGGAACGGAGGCAGCAGAUUCAGUUGGACCAGCAGCAGCAGGAGAAGCAGCGCGUGGGAGAGAAGCAGCCGGAUCAGCAGAAGAACGCGGAGCAGCAGAAGCAGCAGCCGAUGCAGCAGGAGGAAGCGCAUCAGAAGCAGCAGCAACACGGGCAGCAGCAGGAGCAGCAGCAGCAGCGGAUGGAAGGCCGCCUGCUGCUUCCGAGUUUGUGGUGCGCGCCCCUGUGUCUGGACUUCUUUGCAAGUUGUCGGUUUUGAACAAUGAAAUUAUUUCCAGUAGUACCGAGCUGGGGGCGGUGGCGGCGACGGCCUGCGAGCACCCGCUGGCUGUGGGGGGCAUCUGCCUCUGCUGCCUGGCGGCCGUGGGAGCCGAGGGCGAAGAAAAGGUCCAGGCCGGCUUUCUCUCCGCCCAGCGGGAACUCCGGGUGGACGUACACGUCAGCAGCGCGCCCCGCAGAGAGCCCUCACUUCUUUUAUUCUGCACUUUUCCGUUUUGA